GCCAGUUAAGGAACAAAGAAGCUUUUUAGAGGCGGAGAGACUCUCCCCCACCCUGCCCAUCCCCCUUGGAGAGUUCUGGGUGGCAGGCGGCCGAGAGAGGGGGAGAGGCAGGCGCCCCCUGCUUUCUCCCGCAAGGGGGUGGGGUAGGGUAGGCUGCAGACGCCUUUGUCCCUCCAGCGCCAGGCGAGAAGCAGAUGGCCGAGGCGUGAGAGGCCAGCAGGCAACGGCUGUGUUGCUGCUGGAUGGGCGGUGCGCGCCUGCAAGGAAAGGGGCGCGGAGCAAGGAGGCCAAAAGGGACCAGAGGCUAGCGAGCGUGCCAAGGCGGCGGAUGCAGGGGCCGAUGAACUGCAGCGAAAGCCUCCGAAUCCAGGUCCUCCUGAGUCGGCUCUGGCAGGAGCUGCACGGCGGCGGCGGCGGCGGCGCUGCUCCCAAUGCCAUCCGCAGAGGCAGCAGCCCCCUCGACGACUCACUCCCGGCGCCAAGCCAGGCGACAGCGGCGGGCAGCAAAGCGGGCGCAGACGACGCUUACCUGUACAUCUUGCUCAUCAUGAUAUUCUACGGCUGCCUGGCCGGGGGCCUGAUCCUGGCCUACACGCGCUCCAGGAAGCUGGAGUCCAAGCACGACCCUUACCACUUGUACAUCGAGAGCGACUGGACGGCGAGAGCGGGAAGCCUGGGAAGGGGCGCGGGAGGACCAGGAGCGAAGCUGGCGGUGGCGGCCGGGGAGCCUAGCCUGGGCGAGGGGAUGCCGGCGGCUGCCGGCGGGGAGAGGGGGAGCAGCGGCGACGACAGCGAGCAUCUGUGAGAGAGGAGGAAGGCUCCGGAGGAGGAUCGGAUCGGCCCACCCCAAAUCUGAAGAAGUUCUUUUGGGGGUGGGGGAUGCGGUCCGCUCAAAGGCUGGAAUUCUGAACUGCGCCUCUCAACUCGGCGGGGGCAAUGAAACAACAACAAAAAUUAACCAAGCAAUUAGUUCUGUAGCUUCAUUUGCCCCACGAGGAAGCCGCGUGCAAGCUUUGAAUGGGGAGGCAGAUGGCGCUAGGCAAAAAGACGGUUCGGUGCUCAGCGUUGUAAUUAGUCUUAAGCGGAGGGAGCGUUGUGCUGGGCAGGUAUAUAUAGGUAUUUACACCAGCGGUGCAGAAUGUGUCCGUCCCCCCGGAUGUUCCCACUAAGACUUCCAGCUCCUAUGAUUCUUCCGGCGUAGCCAUGUGCUUUAAAUGCAUCUGGAGGAAACUUAGGUUCUCCAUCUCCAGGUUAGACUGUGCUGACUGCAAAACAAAUCAGUGGACACAUAUGCCAGAGGCCAUGUGGUGGUGGAGUUAACCGUGGGAUGCUCUCCUUUAGAGAACACAAGUCACCAGGACUGGGAUCCAUCUCUGGCUCUGUUUGGAAGACAGACAGGUUUAUUGGUUCCCUUGGGAGCUCGCAGGAUGUAAAAGUCUGCCUGCACACCAUACAUUUAAAGCACAUUCCGCCGCCCACAACCCAAAAGAAUCCUGGGAACUGUAAUUUGUUAAGGGUGUGAAGAUAAGAUUAUUUCAGGGUGGUGGGCACUGGAAUGUGCUUUAUAUUGUCCAGGCAGCCCUUGAUGGGGAACAUUUCAUAUAAAGUAUGUGUAGCUGUUUUGCUGCUUAACAUCCAUUUUUUAUUUCUUUUUCUUUGAUGAUGGGUUUUCAGUUAAAAGGUGCCCACCACACUGGAAAGGAGAGGAUAAUUUAUCUUAAAAAUAUCAUGUUACAAUGAGUUUUGGCUGUGAACACACAAACCCUGCCAUUCAAGCAAAUACUUUUCUGGGGCCCUGAGUUCCAAGCUUCUCUCUCCCCCCACCCCCAACCGCCCCCUGCAACCCUCAGCAGCUGCACAGCCCAUCAAUAGUCCUAAGAGGAGGAGUGCUGGCCAGGGAAACAAAGAGAGCAAGCCAUGCCGGUUGGAAGGGGUGACACCGCUUUGGAUUUUAACAGCACAAACCUUUUGUUCCCUUUAAUUGCCCCCAGAGGAAGAGAGGACCCCCUGUCCCAGAAAUGAACACCAAUGCCUCUACUUUUCAGUAGGGGUGGUGUGCUACCUCCAGUCUGCCAUUUUCUCUUCAGCUGGAAAGUGUUCUGGAUCUCUUGACACAGCCUUAAACAACCUGGUGUCCUCCUGGUGUUUUGGACUACAACACCUAUCAAGAACAGUCAGUAGAACCAGCUUGGGAAAGGCUGCCCUGCAUCAAUAAUACCAUUAGGUAUCAGGCAAGAUUUCUCUCCCAGGCUUUUAACCUCUGGUGUACGUUUGAUCAUUUUUUUAGGUGUCAUAUUUUAAAAAAACAACCCCCAAACCCCCUUUCUUAUGCUUUUUAUAGUGUUUGUAUUAAAUAUCGCAAACCUCCCUGGAAAUUUUGAAUUAAAGGGCAGCAAAGUAAUGUUUUAAAUUUAAAAAAAAAUAAAUGCUAGGUCCUGUUGCCAGCAUCUAUAUGGAUUUGUCUUCUCCCCAAUCUAGAUUGCCAUAUUUCAAAAAGUAAAAACCAGGACACCCCAAAAUUGCUUUUUUUAAUACCAGUGGGAAGAUUUUUAAACAAAUGAACUUGCCUUCAAAUGCAAUGUAACUGAGGUAUGAAUGUCUUCUGCUGACUUCUGUGACUUUCUUAGUGUCUACAGUCUCUCUCAAUGUGUUCAAUGGGGUAUGUGUGUGUGUGUGUGUAUAGAGAGAAGAGUAAACCCCAUUGAACUCAGUGGAACUAACCUCUAGGUAGACAUUUAUAGAAUCGCACUCUAAGGCUGCAGUCCUAAACACUUAUUAAUUAACACAUUGAGACUUACCUUUGAAUAACAUGUAUAGGAUUGCACUAUAAGUUAGUUGUGCUGAAGGCCCAUUAAGAUCAAUUGUGACUUAUCAAAUUUGUUUGAAGAAGAUUUAAGUGCAACUAACUUAAUCUGGCUCCAGUUCAAUGAUAAUAAAUGACAGUUGUAAUUUGCAGUUACUGGGAAGCAAAAACAUUUGGUUGAUAGCAGGGACCUGUUAUAGUCUCUCUUAGGUAUUUUACUGGUUGACCUUAAACUUCAGCCUAAGUCCACUAUCAACAGAAUUUUGCAGCUCCACAGUGAUAAUAAACAACUACGGUAUUUAUUAUCCUUGUAAACGAUAGUCAUUUUCAGUAACAGGGAAUUUUCUGUUCCUUUGAUAAAGGUCCAAUACAUGUCAAACACUGCAGCGCAUUUAGAAAUGAAGCAAGUGAGUGCUUGUUUGUUCCUGUCGAGAGAAUAAUAAUCUGAAAUGGAUUAAUAUUUUGCCUGUUGUGUUCAUGGACUUUGGAGCAAUUUUAUACCCAUGUAUAGACAUUGACACACCUCAUGUGUAGACCUUGAUACACCUAGCAACUGCAUGUAUUUGUGAGACGGGAGUAUUUGUAUUUCCAGUGUUUUGUUUUUUUUACCUUGAUUUAGAUUAAUAUACCAUUCCUGUGACUUUUUCUAA